AUGGCUGGCCGCGUACAACCAUUUCUUGAUUCUCUUGGCCCAGAAGUGGAGGACCCCGAAGAAGAGGCGUUUCUGUUGUUCUCUCAAACCAUCCCAUCCCAGAAUCUCGGAUUCGUAGAUUCAAAGGCUACUGAAAUGGAUCUCACCAUUAACGGUAGAGAUCUCACGAUUUACCAAUCUCCUACAAUCUUAUCAUCAAACCGUGAUGGGGGAACCACUGGAGCAGUGAUAUGGAAAAUCACCCCCCUUUUCGCAAAAUGGAUAUCAUCACUUACAAAUCCACUCCUCAAGCAUCAGAUAAUCACCCCUGAUUCAGUAGUCCUUGAAUUAGGUUGUGGAAUAUCCGGCCUAAUAGCCCUUACUCUAUCACCCCUUCUCCAAACAUACAUCCUUACAGACCAACCAUAUGUUCUCAAAUUUCUCUCCCAAAAUCUUUCCUCCAACUCCUCUACACCAUCAAGUACAACAAACUCCAAAUCCAAACCCCGAAAAUCCAAAACCUCAUCGUCAACAUCCACAUCCACAUCCACAUCCACAUCAACUACUCAACAACUCUCAACCAAUAAAAUCAUCCCUCUAACCCUCGACUGGGAAACAGACGUCGUCUCUCCCUCCCUCACCUGCUCAGAAACCACCACGAGCUUCGACACAAUCAUAGCUUGCGAUUGCAUCUACAAUGACGCAUUGAUCCCACCUUUCGUCCAAACAUGUGUUGAUCUCUGCCGUCUCCGUUCCACAUCUCCAUCUACCAAAAAUCAAGAUCAAACAGAACCCCGCAAUCCCACUCUCUGCAUCAUAGCCCAACAACUCCGUUCUCCGGAUGUGUUUGAAUCCUGGCUUAAGGAAUUCAACAAAUUCUUUAGAGUGUGGCGUGUACAAGAGGGAGGCAUCCAGGAGUGUGGAUUAGGAGAUGACUCCGGGUUUGUGGUGCAUAUUGGGAUUUUGAGAUAG